AUGGCAUCUUCUUCUGCUCACCUCUCGUUUCUAGCCGGGCGCAUGUCGCUGCCAUUCUCCUCAGACCGGGUCCGAUUCUCGCCGUACAGAGUAGAAUUUCGUCUACCAAAGUCCCGUUUCCGCUGCUCAGCUGGGCAGAGCGGCUUCUUCACGCGGCUUGGUCGCCUGAUCAAGGAGAAGGCCAAAAGCGACGUGGAGAAGAUUUUCUCCGGAUUCUCCAAGACUAGGGAAAAUCUAGCAGUCAUCGACGAGCUCUUGCUCUUCUGGAACCUCGCCGAAACGGACCGAGUUCUCGAUGAAUUGGAAGAGGCGCUUUUGGUUUCUGAUUUUGGACCGAAAAUUACGGUUAGAAUUGUUGAGAGGCUACGAGAUGAUAUAAUGUCAGGGAAGCUCAAAUCAGGAAGCGAGAUCAAGGAUGCAUUGAAGGGAAGUGUGUUGGAGAUGCUGGCUAAGAAAAACGGCAAGACAGAGCUUCAAAUGGGUUUUAGGAAACCAGCUGUUAUCAUGAUCGUCGGUGUAAAUGGAGGUGGGAAGACCACAUCUCUUGGUAAGGCAAUAGACGUUAAUGGAAAGUUGGCUCAUAGAUUGAAGAAGGAAGGGACUAAGAAAGAGGUUACUCGAAUAGGUGAUACAUUUAGAGCGGCUGCAAGUGACCAGUUAGAGAUAUGGGCAGAGAGGACUGGGUGUGAGAUUGUUGUGGCUGAAGGAGACAAGGCUAAAGCAGCAACAGUUCUCUCAAAGGCUGUGAAAAGAGGGAAGGAGGAAGGUUACGAUGUUGUACUCUGUGAUACAUCUGGACGUCUCCAUACAAAUUACAGCUUGAUGGAGGAGUUGAUUGCGUGCAAAAAGGCAGUAGGCAAGGUCGUCUCUGGUGCACCUAAUGAGAUCCUACUUGUCCUUGAUGGAAAUACCGGUCUGAACAUGCUUCCACAAGCUAGAGAAUUCAACGAGAUUGUUGGUAUUACCGGUUUGAUAUUGACGAAACUGGAUGGGUCUGCUAGAGGAGGCUGUGUGGUCAGUGUGGUUGAGGAACUGGGCAUUCCCGUAAAGUUUAUCGGUGUAGGAGAAGCUGUAGAAGAUCUCCAACCAUUUGAUGCUGAGGCCUUUGUGGACGCUAUAUUCUCUUGA